GGUGGAUGUUAGCUUUCUUUCCUUAUAAUCGUUCAGGAACGCCUUUUCCAUAUAAUCGUGUAAAAAUUCCGGAUAUUCCGGAUGGCAUGGUUGAUGUUCCUUUUACUAUUGAUACUGGUUAUUCUUUAAAAUUUAUAGCUGGGUUCGUCGGUGCUAAUCAAGAGAUCCUUGAAAAUUCUGAUAAUGAAUCGGUUAUUUCUCCUGUGAUUGGAUGGUUUAUUACUGAUAACGUAGAAGAUCCUUCCAAGGAAAGAGAUUUUUUGUGA